CUCUCUCUCUUCAACACAACUUCACAUCUUCCAUUUUUAAUUUAAUGUCGGCCUUAUCCGCUCGCCGCCUCAAAGACCGGAGCGGCGCCGCCGCCGCCGCACCCACCAAACCGAAGCCAGACAAGAGAUCCCCCACCGUCGGCAAGGAGAAUCCGCCGGGACCCACUUUCCGAACCUCCGCCCAGAAGCCCACCACCAUGCGGCCCGUUCCGCGCGUCGACAAGGCCGCUGCGGCGGCGAACGGCGGAGGCGAGGCGCGUGCGCGGUGGUCGAUGCCUUCGGUGAAAGGUAGGAGCUCUAGCCCUUCUGAGUUUUUAAGGAUUGGGUCCGGGAAUGUCUGGCCGAAAACUCGGCGGGUUUCGGUGGAUCGGGUCGAGAGGGGUCCGAGUCCGGGUCCGGGUUUGGGGGAGAGGGAAAGGGCUGGGAGUGUAGGGAGGAGUUCGAGUAGGGGAAGAGGAGGAUCUGGGGGUAGGGGUUUGGAAGUCAAAGCUGGUCAAUUGGGGGUUAGGGUUAGGGAUUCGAAAUGUGAUGAAGGUAAAAUUGGGGUGGGGAAGAAUGGAAUUUACGGAGAAUCGGAGGCGAAAAAGAUGGAGAUUGAGAGGAAUUUGAAUGGGACUCGAUCGAAUUCGAAAAAGCCUGAUGUUGUUGAUGGUAGGGUUUUGGAGAGAAGCAGUAGUGGGAAGAGUAAGAGUGGUGAUCUCGGCAGUCGUGGCGGCUUGGGAGUGAGCAAUGGGAAGGUUUUCGAGGGCUCGAAGGAGGGAGGGAGUAAUGGAAGUCGAGUUGGUGUUAAGCAUUCUAGUAAGCUUCAUGAGAAGCUUGCUUUCUUGGAAGGGAAGGUGAAGAGGAUUGCGUCGGAUAUAAAGAAGACUAAGGAGAUAUUGGAUAUGAAUAAUCCGGAUGCGUCGAAGGUGAUACUGUCUGAUAUUCAGGAGAAGAUUUCGGGGAUUGAGAAGGCCAUGGUGCAUGUUUCCAAUGGCUCUGGUGGUAAGGCGUUGAAAGGUGGUGAGCAGGAUCACAAGGAAGACAAUGUGGUUGAGGAUGGUCGUGUUGAGCAGGUGAGUAAUGCGGAGAGUUUGGUAAACAGUUUGAAUCGUGAGGACUUGGAAGCUAGGCUGUUUCCUCAUCAUAAGUUAAUUAGAAACCGGACGGCGAUGAAAGCAUCAUCUGAAAGCUCUCAAGGUCAGGUUGUUGAAACUAGUAGUGAGUCAAAAGUGGAUGAGAAGAUGGUGUGCCCUGUAGAGGAGAAUCCAAUUGCGAUUGAGUUCUUGGCUUUGUUGGAUAAUGAGCAAGCUACAGUUACAACAAGGGAUCGGCAGGAGGAUUUGGAAACGUGUGAGGUGCAAGCAGUGGAUGGUGCCACCUCUUCAGGAGUUGAGAGAUCUUCUAAAUUGGUUACUGGUAAGCAGGAUGCCGAUCUCAUUCUCACAACUGAUGAAACACUUGAUGAGUCUGCUGAUCAGGAGAAUAGACAAGUGAUCAUUGAUGAAGAAACUGAGGACACUAGCAUUUAUCAGCUCAAUGGAAUAGGCCAAAAGACCUCAACUGGUGGAUGGUUUAUGUCUGAAGGAGAGUCUGUUCUUCUUGCUCAUGAUGAUGGUUCAUGCACCUUCUAUGAUAUUGUGAAUUCUGAGGAAAAGGCUUCGUACAAGCCUCCUCUAGGAGUUUCACCUAAUAUGUGGAGAGAUUGCUGGAUAAUUCGAGCUCCUAGCGCAGAUGGUUGCUCAGGAAGGUAUGUUGUGGCUGCCUCUGCUGGAAACACAAUGGAUUCAGGAUUUUGCUCUUGGGACUUUUAUGCCAAAGAUGUAUGUGCUUUCCAUGUUAAUGAUGGUUCAGCCCCAUCAAGAACAGUACUUGGUCCCUUGCCAGACAACAUCUCAUACAGAAGAAACACUUUGUCUAAUCUUUUGGAUCCAGAAACUCAACAAUGGUGGUACAGGCCUUGUGGACCUCUUAUGGUCUCAACUGCCACCUGUCAGAGAGGUGUGAGAAUCUAUGACAUUCGUGAUGGUGAGGAAGUUAUGAAAUGGGAUGUCCCGAAGCCUGUGUUAACAAUGGAUAAUUCAAGCCCCUUACAAUGGAGAAAUAGAGGAAAAGUUGUUGUUGCUGACAUUGAAACAAUUUCCGUAUGGGAUGUGAACUCUCUCAACCCCCAACCUUUAUCAUCUAUUUCUUCUGCUGGUCGGAAAAUCUCUGCUCUUCAUGUGAAUAACACUGACUCUGAACUUGGUGGUGGAGUUCGCCAGAGAGUAAGUUCAGCAGAAGCAGAAGGCAAUGAUGGAGUAUUCUGUACCCAAGAUUCAAUAAACAUUCUAGAUUUCCGCAAUCCGUCCGGUAUAGGAUUAAAAAUACCAAAGCUUGGUGUUACUGCACAGUCAGUUUUCUCUCGUGGGGAUUCCAUCUUCCUUGGCUGCCCCAAUGGAAGGUCAGGAUGGAAAAAACAAUCCUCUUCACAAGUGCAGCAGUUUUCAAUUCGAAAACAAAGGCUAUCAAACACUUAUGCCUUGCCAGAGUCAAAUGCUCAUAGUCAUCACACAGCUAUCACACAAGUUUGGGGGAACUCAAACUUUGUGAUGGGCAUUUGUGGAUUAGGGCUCUUUGUGUUCGAUGCCCUGAAGGAUGACAGUGUGCCAUCUUUCACCAAUGAUAGUGGAAGCACUCAAAAAGAUCAUGAAGUCAUUGGCCCAGAUGACUUGUAUGCGCCUUCUUUUGAUUACUCAGACUCUCGUGCUCUUAUAAUAUCUAGAGAUCGCCCAGCAUUAUGGAAGCAGAUGUCAUAGAUUUUUACACUUUCCUAGCAUAUCUGUCUAGAGAAAAAAGAGUACUGCAAAAGACUGUUGUGUGUUUGUAGUUGUGCUAAGCAUUACAAAGCUUUUUUAAUAUGUUGUCUUAUGUAUAAUAUAUCGCAUGCUGUGCAAGAUACAUUUUGCCGGUUCAAUGACUUCAUGAGUGUGGUA